AUGGAUACCGAUUCCCCUGUCGGCACGAAACGAAAGGCGGAGGAAGAUCCCGAUGAGUCUCGUGCGCCCCGCCGCAUUCGCGCCCUUGACCCCAACGUCGUCAACAAAAUCGCUGCUGGAGAGAUCAUCGUCGCUCCCGUCAAUGCCCUGAAGGAGCUGAUUGAGAAUGCCGUCGAUGCAGGCGCCACCUCAGUAGAGGUCCUUGUCAAGGAGGGCGGCCUCAAACUUCUGCAGAUCACCGACAACGGCUGUGGUAUCCAAAAAGGCGACCUGGAGAUUCUCUGCGAGCGUCACACCACUUCCAAAAUUACCUCAUUCGAGGACCUCACCUCCAUCGCCACAUAUGGCUUCCGAGGCGAGGCACUAGCAAGUAUUAGCCACAUCGCACACCUCUCCGUCACCACCAAAACCAGUGAUUCCAACUGCGCAUGGCGUGCUCAUUACCUCGAUGGCAAGCUGGCGCCCGCCAAACCCGGUCAGCCCGCCGACCCAAAGCCAACCGCCGGUCGCCAGGGCACCCAGAUCAGUGUCGAAGACCUGUUCUUCAACGUCCCGACCCGUAGAAGAGCUUUCAGAUCCCCCGCCGAAGAGUACAACAAAAUCAUUGACGUCGUGGGCCGCUACGCCAUCCACUGCAAGGGAGUGGGCUUCUCCUGUAAGAAGCAUGGCGAGUCGGGCACAAGCAUCUCCAUACAAGCACUUGCCACCGAGGUCGAUCGCAUUCGCCAGAUCUAUGGAUCAAGCGUUGCCAACGAGUUGAUGGAGUUUGACACCUCUGAAGACCGCUGGGGUUUCAAAGCGAACGGCUGGGCAACAAAUGCCAACUAUCACAUCAAGAAGACUACUCUACUCCUCUUCAUCAAUCACCGGUCCGUGGACUCUAGCAAUAUCAAGAAGGCCCUUGAGCAGUUGUACGCCACAUUUCUGCCAAAGGGAGGCCGCCCCUUCAUCUACCUCAGCCUGGAGAUUGACCCUUCCCGCGUCGAUGUCAAUGUGCAUCCCACCAAAAGGGAAGUGCACUUCCUCAACGAGGAUGACAUCAUCCAGUCCAUCUGUGAACACAUCCGGUCGAAACUCGCUGAGGUGGACACAAGCCGCACCUUCAUGACACAGAGCCUGCUGCCAGGUAGCCAGCUGAUGCACAUAUCGAACCAGGAGGAAACUGAAGGCAGCCCAAGUACCCCGGACAAACAAACGCCAGGCUCCAAACGGCCACGAAGGAACUCCAACAACCUCGUCCGUACCGAUACAAGCUUGCGCAAAAUUACCAGCAUGCUCCCUGCUGCAGCAGUUGCUGCAACACCAUCCAAAGCGCCGCCAUCCGCCGGUGAGAGUGCGUUGUCCGUCUCAGAAAACAUUCAGUAUGAGAUUGUGAAUAAGCCUUUCGCUCAGAUGAAGCUUACUAGCGUCAAAGAGCUUCGUGCCGAGGUCAGAGAAGACAUGCACAAUGACCUCACCGAAAUAUUUGCCAACCACACUUUCGUCGGUGUCGUCGACGAGCGGCGGCGCUUAGCAGCUAUCCAGGGCGGCGUGAAGCUGUACUUGAUUGACUAUGGCCGCGCUUGUUUCGAGUACUGCUAUCAAGUCGGCCUCACCGACUUUGGCAACUUCGGCACAAUCCGCUUCACUCCCCCGCUUGACCUACGAGAGGUCCUUCGUAUUGGAGCCGAGAUGGAGAAGAACAACGUCGAGUCAGAGGAAGAAGACUUUGACGUGGAUGUGGUCGUCGAAAAGGUCGCCGCACAGCUUAUUGAGCGGCGUGAGAUGAUUGGCGAAUACUUUUCCCUCGAAGUCAGCCCUGCGGGAGAGCUACUCAGCAUUCCCCUUUUGAUCAAGGGUUACACUCCGCCUAUGGUCAAGCUGCCCCGCUUCCUGCUCCGCCUUGGGCCAUGCGUCAACUGGAAUGACGAGAAGCCGUGCUUUGAGCUCUUUUUGAAGGAGCUUGCGACCUUUUACGUGCCCGAGCAGCUGCCGCCAACCAUCGGAGGCGCCGAGGACAACGAGGAGACGGCGAACAUGGACGAGGAGAUCGCAAUGCGGCGGAGAAAUGUGCGUUGGGCCGUCGAGCAUAUCUUCUUUCCAGCCUUCAAGGCGCGGUUAGUUGCGACAACAUCGAUGAUGAAGGCGGCUGUGUUGGAGGUUGCUGAUCUAAAGGGGUUGUAUCGCGUAUUUGAGCGAUGUUGA